CCAACAGAGCAUACCAUCGAUUUACAUUCAGUGGUCACUUUAUGAGGUACACCUAUUAUUUAAUGCGUGUCUAAUCAGCAAAUCAUGUGGGGGCAACCCAAUGCAAAAAAAGCCCACAGACAUGGUCAAGAGGUUCAGUUGUUGUUUAGACCAAACAUCAGAAAGGGGGGAAAAUGUGAUCUCAGUGACUUUGGCUGUGAACCACCCCGUGAACACUAUCCCUCUGUUCCUCAUUGGCACUAUUUAUUUAUCUUUUGGACAACCUUUUUCUCCAGAAUCCAUUUCUCCCUUCUCAGGAAUGCCUUUAUGAGAUGCAGUCCACUACUGGCAUUAUCACUGCUCCAUGUGACCCUGGAAUAAGGACACAUUCUACCCUGGAGAAUAGCAAAGCCUGCAGGGUAUUCUGAGCUGCAGUACAGAUUCAGAUUGAUUUAUUAUAUGUACAUUGAAACAUAUAAUGAAAUGUGUUGUUUGUAUUAACAACCAAAACACCUAAGGAUGUGCUGAGGGCAGCCCACAUGUGAGGCCAUUAUAUCAUCUUUGUGAUGGCUGACAGGACAACACAGAACACAACAAAACACAAGAAGCAACAAAGCAACAGCAAAACAAGCCCCUUUCUUCUCCUUCAUAUACGCACGUACGCACACACACUCACCCCUCCAACUCUAGGACAAGGCUCUGGGCUUCCUGUCUCCAAACUGCAGACUUCAUUGCAUUAAAUAAUAGGUGUACCUCAUAAAGUGACCACUGAAUGUAAAUCAAUGGUAUGCUCUGUUGGGAAGUGUUACUAUUUGUUCACAUUUUUGGCUUGUUUCUUGUUGCUUUAACAUAGCAUGUGGAACAACAUGGAAUUCUGAUCGAUCUUCAGGCUUUGACACAAAGGUUGGUGGUGUUGUGGAUAGUGUAGAGGAUUGUCAAAGAUUGCAGAGAGACAUUGAUAGGAUGCAGAAGUGGGCUGAGAAGUGGCAGAUGGAGUUCAACCCGGAGAAGUGUGAGGUGGGACACUUUGGAAGGAUAAACUCCAAGGCAGAGUACAAAGUAAAUGGCAGGAUACUUGCUAGUGUGGAGGAGCAGAGGGAUCUCGGGGGACAUGUCCACAGAUCCCUGAAAGUUGCCUCACUGGUAGAUAGGGUAGUUAAGAAAGCUUAUGGGGUGUUAGCUUUCAUAAGUCGAGGGAUAGCGUUUAUAGACACGAUGUAAUGAUGCAGCUCUAUAAAACUCUAGUUAGGCCACACUUGGAGUUCUGUGUCCAGUUCUGUUCACCUCACUAUAGGAAGGAUGUGGAAGCAUUGGAAAGGGUACAGAGGAGACAUACCCAGAUGCUGCCUGGUUUAGAGAGUAUGGAUUAUAAUCAGAGAUUAAGGGAGAUAGGGCUUUACUCUUUGGAGAAGAGGAGAAUGAGAGGAGACAUGAUAGAGGUGUACAAGAUAUUAAGAGGAAUAGACAGAGUGGACAGCCAUUGCCUCUUCCCCAGGGCACCACUGCUCAGUACAAGAGGGCAUGGCUUUAAGGUAAGGGGUGGGAAGUUCAAGGGGGAUAUUAGAGGAAUGUCCUUCACUCAGAGAGUGGUUGGUGCGUGAAAUGUACUGCCUGAGUCAGUGGUGGAGGCAGAUAACACUAGUGAAGUUUAAGAGACUACUAAACUGGUAUAUGGAGGAAUUUAAGGUGGGGGGGGGGUUAUAUGGGAGGCAGGGUUUGAGGGUCGGCACAACAUUGUGGGCUGAAUGGCCAGUAAUGUGCAGUACUAUUCUAUGUUGAUCUUUGGUAUUGACCCACAGAUUAUCUGAAUAAAGGACCCUGAACUCAAGGCUUGAACUUCAGACAUGGACUGACCAGUCUCAUGUUUCCUUGAUCUAUUAACAGGAUCCACCAACCUGGGACAGCUCAAUACCCACUAAUGUUCUUUGUCACACAUCCACUUCCUUGGCAUCCAAAUGUGUAGUGUGUAACGUAUUAUGUUAUAAAAGGAAGACCCCACCCUGUGAGGAGGGGCAGUUCAUGGCUGGAUUUGCCAAGUUGACUUCAUGCCACUGCGUGAUUUAAUGUGAUGACACAGUUUAGUUGAAGGAUGAAGUUUUUAUCUAAUGCUUAAAGUUUAAAAGGUCAUUGCCAGCAGUUUCUAUACAAUACUGCUAGUUGAGAAUCAGUGGAGAGUGAAGAUCAGAGUUCGGGAGUUAAAGAUCGAGGAGAAUUGAUUUUCGAUGGUGAUACGGGUUCGACCUUGUUUAAUCCUUAUUCAGAAGGAAUUCGUUGAACGUUCUCGUGUUAAUCUCUGCGGGAUAGCAGAAAAGAUUUGAGGACAGUGUGAUAAAGGCAAGUUCAGUGCCUUUAAGCCGUUAAGUUUCUUAAAUUCUUCGUGGGAAAAAGUUCGACUUCGGGGACUGAAGCAAAGCGACGUGAAAGAGAAUUUAAAUCGUCUUGAAAAGUCUCUCCCUUAAAUGGACUGUGAGCAUUUCGAACUUUUGGCAAUACUACUUUAAAGAACUGUUUUUGCAACAUUGCUUUAAGAACUGUUUGAGCUGCAUCACUUUGGGAACUGUUUAAGCUGCCGCACAGCAGCUGAUUUCCGGUUACGUUAGUGUUUGUUUACUUUUGGGGGGGUUUGUUUUCAGUGUUUAAUAAACGUGUUAAAUGUUAUGUAAACCCUUGCCUAACUCAUAUAUUUAUUGUUGCCUGGAUAUGUAACAUAAAUAUGGGGGCUCAUCCGGGAUUGGAUCGUUUGAGUUUAAAUGCUUGCUAACUUUUGAUUCGGUGUUUUGGAAAAGGGGAAUACUCGAUUCUUUUGUUUGAUUGGCAUGUGAGUGGUAUUCGGCAACAAUGAAUAUUGAUGAGUUUCUGGUUUUGCCAGAUGCGGAGUUGUUAGCGAAGGCGAAAAAAAACUGAGGUGUCUGUGAUAGCUAGUAAAUUGCAACUUAAAGGGAUUUUGCAGGCUACUUCUAAGGCUGUUAUACAGAGAAAAAUCGCGUCACUCUAUGUGGAUUCGGGUGUUUUUGAUUAAUCGAUUUUACGGUCGUUUCCAUUAAGUAAUCUGGAGAUGCAGUUGCAAAUCGAACAAAUGAGGUUGGAACAAAGUAAAGCAGAAUUGGAGUGUUGUAAAUUGGAGGCUGAUCAGAAGAAAAGGGAAUUUGAAUAUGCAAUGUCGGAAUUAAGGUCUGGGAAUCAGUCUUCUGGUUCUAGAAAACCGUUUGUUGCUAGUCAAGAAAUUAAAUUGGUCCCUCAAUUUAGUGAAACAGAAGUGGAAAGAUAUUUUCAACAUUUUGAAACUAUUGCUCGGAUGUCAGAGUGGCCGAGAGAUAAAUGGCCAGUGUUGUUACAGAGUGUAAUUAAAGGUAAAGCACAACAAGAUUACAUAGCUUUAACUGCUAUGCAAGCACUUGAUUAUGAUACUGUGAAAAUUCAUAUUCUGAAAGCAUACGAAUUAGUCCCAGAAGCUUAUAGGGAAAGAUUCAGAAGUUUGAAAAAGUCUGUGGAAAAAACUUAUGUGGAAUUUGCCUAUGAUAUAGCUGUGUGUUUUGAGAGAUGGGUUUCUUCUAAAAAUGUAAAUGGGAACUAUGAUACAUUGAGAGAGCUGGUUUUAAUGGAGGAAUUUAAAAGAAGCAUUCCUGUUGAAGUAAGGACCUACUUAAAUGAGAGGGAUACUGAUAAAUUGCAGGACUGUGCUAGAUUAGCUGAUGAGUAUGUUUUAAUCCAUAAGAAUAAAUUUCCUCAGGGCAGAAUUUUUAAGAGGAAAAUUAACAUGGAGACUCAAGGUAAAUCAGAAAUUAAAUCAGAAGUUAAUGAGAAAGGUAAGGAGGAGGGAAAACCUGUGAAGGAAAGACAGUUUGGUCUUAAUUGUAACUAUUGUAAGAAGCCUGGCCAUGUAAUAGCUAACUGUUUCAGAUUGAAAAAGAAGAAGGAAGCAGUUCCAGAUGCUUGUGUGCAACAUACUGAAGCACCUGUAAAGUUACAGGGUUUGAUAAACACAAAUGAGACUUUGUUAGAGUCUGACCAAGUUAAAAAGGGAUAUGAUCAUUUUAUAACUGAAGGGUUUGUAUCCUUGAAAGAAGGAUCUACUCUGGUGCCAAUAAAAAUCCUUAGGAAUACUGGAGCUUCUCAAUCACUGUUGUUAGUGUGUUGAAGUUUAAUGAAGAGUAUGAUACUGGUGAGGUAAAUUACAUAAGAGGUGUUGGGAGUGAUUUUAUGCCUGUACAUUUACAUAAAGUAAAUUAAAAGUCAGGGUUAGUUACAGGAUUUGUUAAAGUAGGAUUACAGCAUAGCUUACCUGUGAAGGGUAAUUCUUUAUUGUUAGGUAAUGACUUGGCAGGUGGUCAAGUUUUUCCUGAAGUGCAUUUGGCAAUGGAGUCAGAGGAACCAGAGUUGAAUUCUAACACAGAUUCUUCCUGUGUUGUGACUCGAGCUAUGGCUAAAAAGAUUGAUGCGCAGAAUGAGGUUGUUACUCAGGACUGUUCAACUCAGGAUUCGAGUUUUGAGGAUGUGUCAGAGACUUUCUUUCCUUCGUUGUUUGAACAAGAUUCUUGGAGGAAGUCUGACUAUGAAGAUUUAUCUCUGUCUCGGAAGGAGAUGAUAGCAGAGCAGAAUAGAGACUCUGAGAUUAUAAAAUUAAGAGAGCAAGCUUUACUAGGUAGUGAAAUUGAGAAGGUGCCAGUCGGAUAUUACUUGGAAAGAGGAGUGUUGAUGAGGAAGUGGAGAUCGCCUACAAUUCCUGCAAGUGAGGAUUGGAAUGUUGUUUACCAGGUAGUUGUCCCGAAAGUUUAUUGAAAUGAGAUUUUGACUUUAGUUCAUAGUGUGCCUUUAGGUGGACAUCAAGGGGUAAGGAAAACUGUGGACAAGAUUUUAAAACAUUUUUACUGGCCUGGUCUAAGAAAAGAUGUGGCGAUGUUGUGUAAAACGUGCCAUACUUGUCAAAUUGUGGGUAAACCAAAUCAGGUUACACCAGUAGCUCCAUUACAACCUAUUUCAGCAUUUGGUGAACCAUUUUCUAAAGUUAUUGUAGAUUGUGUUGGUCCAUUACCAAGGACAAAAACUGGUUAUCAGUAUUUGUUGACUAUCAUGUGUACUUCGUCUAGGUUUCCAGAGGCAGUACCACUUAGGAAUAUAAAAGCUAAAACUGUGACAAAGGCCCUUAUAAAAUUCUUUACUUAUUUUGGAUUACCUAAGGAGAUACAAAUUGAUCAAGGCAGUAAUUUUAUGUCUAGAUUGUUUCAACAGAUAGUUUAUAAAUUGGGAGCUAAGCAAAUCACUUCAUCUGCAUACCCUCUAGAGUCGCAAGGUGCCUUGGAGAGGUUUUAUUCUACCCUCAAGAAUAAGAUUAGGACAUAUUGUGUGGAAAAUGAAAGUGACUGGGCUGAGGGUAUAAACUUACUUUUAUUUGCAGUAAGGGAAUUGGUACAGGAAUCUUUAGGUUUUAGUCCAUUUGAACUUGUGUUUGGGCAUAGAAUUAGAGGACCUUUAGCUUUAUUGAAAGAACAGUGGAUUAGUAAGGAAGUACACACUAAUUUGUUGGACUAUGUUUUGAAAUUUGCCAAGUAAAAUUUAAAGUUGGCUCAGGAGAAAAUGAAGACUUGGUAUGAUAAAGAAGCUAGGAUGAGGAUGUUUAAGCCAGGAGAUAAGGUGUUGGUUCUUUUCCCAGUGCAGACAAGUCCUUUACAAGCUAAGUUUCAUGGUCCUUAUGAAAUUGUGUCUAAAAUCAAUAUGGAUUACGUGAUAAAAACUCCAGAUCAUAGAAGGUCAACACAACUUUGCCAUAUAAAUAUGAUAAAACCAUAUUAUGAGAAACAAUCUGAUACUGUGACUGUUGUGGUUAGUGAGAAUGAGUUUGAUUUAACUAGGAACAUGAUAGAUAAUUCAUCUGAAUUUCAUUCUAAAUUCAACAUUGUUUCUGUUAGGUUACCAAAUUCAACCAUUCUGGAAAAUAUUGAUGAGAAAUUAGCACAUUUAUAGCUAGAGCAGAAACAGCAGAUGAAGGAAUUAAUUUUUAAAUAUAACGAGUUGUUUCCAGAUGUUCGGAGAAGGACUACUAUAGCUUCACAUGAUGUAGAUGUUGGAGAUGCCAAACCUAUUAAACAACAUCCAUAUAGGAUGAACAUAGAAAAAUGUGAACUUGCUGAGAAAGAAAUUGGAUAUAUGUUAGAGAAUAAUAUUAUUAGAAAUUCUAACUCGAAUUGGAGUUUACCAUAUAUUAUGGUGCCAAAACCAGAUGGUAGUAUUAGGAUUUGUACGGACUAUAGGAAGGUGAAUGCUGUAACGAAAACAGAUGCAUAUCCAAUUCCUAGAGUAGAUGAUUGUGUAGAUAAAGUUGGAAAAGCAAAGUUCCUUACAAAGAUUGAUUUAUUGAAAGGGUAUUGGUGUGUUCCAUUAACGGACAGAGGUAGAGAGAUUUCUGCAUUUGUAACUCCAUCUGGGUUAUAUGAGUAUAAUGUUCUUCCAUUUGGGAUGAAGAAUGCCCCAGGUACUUUCCAGGGGAUGAUUAACUCUGUGAUUCAGGGAUUGAAAGAUACUGAUGCUUAUAUUGAUGAUUUAGUGACAGGAAAUGAUACUUGGGAAGCACACAUUAUUGCGGUGGAGAAAUUGUUUGAAAGGCUUUCAAAAGCUAACUUAACUAUUAAUUUAGCUAAGAGUGAAUUUGGACAUGCCACUGUGACUUACCUUGGUUAUGUUAUGGGUCAAGGUAAGGUAGCUCCUGUUCAGGCAAAAGUUUGGGCAAUUUUAGAGAUUGCCACUCCAAUGGGGAAAAAAACUCUCAGAAGAUUCUUGGGAAUGGUAGGAUAUUAUCGAAAAUUUUGUAAGAAUUUUGCUAAUGUUGCCCUUCCAUUUACUAACCUUCUGCAGAAGAAUGUGAAGUUUGUGUGAACAGUGCCUUGUCAAGAAGCAUUUGAAAAAUUGAAAACAAUGAUAUGUCAACAACCUGUGCUUAAGGCACCUGACUUUGAAAAACCUUUUUCAUUAGCUGUAGAUGCUAAUGAUGAGGCUGCAGGAGCAGUAUUAAUGCAAAGGAAUGAGGGUGAUGAGGUUGAUCAUCCAGUAGCUUACUUUUCUAAGAAAUUUAAUAAGCAUUAAAGAAACUAUUCGACAAUAGAGAAAGAAUUGUUAUCUCUUGUUUUAGCUUUGGAAUAUUUUGAGGUAUAUGUUGGUACAACUCAAAAAACACUUAUUGUUUACACUGAUCAUAAUCUGUUACUUUUUCUGAGUAAGGUGAAAAACAAAAACAGAAGAUUAUUAAAUUGGAGUUUGAUGUUACAAGAGUACAAUAUUGUGAUAACAUAUUAAAGGUAAAGAUAAUGUGGCUGCUGAUUGUCUAUCUCGAUGUUGAAUGUACAAUGCAAUUUUUUUUAGAGUGGUUUUUUUU